AGAUUUAGAUGACAUUUGUAGCUAUUUUUGAUGUGAAACAAUUUUGCAAUAGUAAUGAGAGCUGCAGCACUGCCACUCCAAAGCACAUGUUUGGCACUAAUACUGUUGCCUGCUUUAAAGUUAUGUGUGCAAACUGUUGUAGAGACCUCUCAUGUUACAGAUGCUCAUUAAUAGUCGGUUGAUAAAAGCUAGAAGCCAAAUGCCACGAGAAAUAUAAACCACAACAGAGUUGGACAGCGCGCUAGGAACGAAUUACACCGUGGAAACUGGGUCGCCACAAACACGGACACUAACAGUGACGGACAACAACAGUUUGAUCGGGACCUGAGUUGUGCACUGUGUAUCUGUAAAAAACACGAAAAAUUUGGGAUUCAGAUUGAUUGACAUCAGGUCCGUUGUGGUUGAAGGGCCUCAGUAGACGAAUAAAUGUCUGAAGCAUCAGAACUUCCUAAAAGAGAGGAAGAGGAGGACCUUACCCCAGAGCCAGAGGACCAGUCCGACGACAGCAGUGAGGAAGAGGCUUCAGGAGACACGGACAUGGACUUUCUGCGUAACCUCUUCUCCAGCACUCUGGGACUAGGCUCGCCUGAAAAGAUCCUGGAUGAGCUGACCCUGGAAGGGGUGGCGCAAUACAUUAAGAGUGGAAAAUGCAAAAACAUCAUCUGCAUGGUGGGAGCAGGAAUAUCCACGUCCGCUGGGAUCCCUGACUUCCGCUCCCCAGGCACUGGACUGUAUGCCAACCUGCAGAAAUACAACCUGCCCUACCCAGAGGCCAUCUUCCAGAUCGAUUAUUUUAAGAGACAUCCGGAGCCGUUCUUCGCCUUGGCCAAGGAGCUGUACCCAGGACAGUUUAAGCCAACAGUGUGUCACUACUUCAUGAAGCUGCUGAAGGACAAGGGGCUCCUGAGACGCUGCUACUCACAGAAUAUUGACACUCUGGAGCGUGUGGCCGGGCUGCAGGGAGAGGACCUAAUUGAAGCCCAUGGGACCUUCUACACGUCCCAUUGCGUCAGCUUCUGUUGCCGCAAGGAGUACAACCUGGACUGGAUGAAAGAGAAGAUCUUCUCUGAUGACAUCCCCAGGUGUGACAAGUGCAGUAGUCUGGUCAAACCAGAUAUCGUCUUCUUUGGAGAGAAUCUGCCUAUCCGUUUUUUUACCUCAAUGAAGAUGGACUUUCCUCGCUGUGACCUUCUCAUUAUCAUGGGAACGUCUCUGCAGGUCCAACCCUUUGCUGGUCUAGUUGGCAGAGUUUCAAAAAGCUGCCCCAGACUGCUCAUCAACAUGGAGAAGGCAGGACAGGCUGACCCUCUGUUUGGGAUGUUGGGUUUUGGCGGAGGGAUGGACUUUGACUCAGAUAAGGCCUACAGAGACGUGGCCCACAUCAGCACUUGUGAUGACGGCUGCAUGGCUCUAGCCGACCUGCUGGGAUGGAAGGCGGAGCUGGAAGAAAUGGUGAAGACAGAGCACGCCAGGAUUGACAGUCAGGACAAGAAAGAAAAGGCCAGUGAGAGUAAAGGAGCUGCCGCAAAGGCGAGCUCUGCAUCGGUGGCACCGGAGACUAAAAAGGAGGAGUAACUGAGUAGAAAAAAAAUUACAUUUUUACUGGCAAGUAAUAACAAGGUUUGGAGUUGGCCCUUAAAAGGAGAUUAGGAUACCAGGGGUUUGUUUGGAAGGAUGAGGCAUCACUGAGAUCUGGAGUAAUGGAAUGGGUCUUCAUAUAAUAUAUUUUCGGGUGUGUUGGAUGGAGAAAGACGGUCCUGUCAUCUCAGUAGGCCAUUUUUCAAGCUGUGGACAUUUAAUCCUCCUGAACAAAACCCAUAGGACAUCUGACAUCUCUCUGUAUUCAGCUUCUGUUCAUGUCAGUUCUUUGCACUUUACUAACAGUUCCUCUGCUUUCUUAAUUUUGUUUCAUGAGCUUACAUCUGUCUCAGUUGUAUAUGUCUGUUCCUGGGGCACUUUAUACUAUGCAUGGACAGAUUUGACUGCAAUAGACAUUGUUUCACCAUAUCUACAGUCCAUUGCUGCCAUCACACUAUAUUGUUGUUGACUGUCUGUCAACAUAACAACACCACAGAUCUCACAAUCCCAGGACGGUGUUUUAUCAUCAACAAAAACCCCCAACAGUGUGAUCUGAGAUCUGCUGCAUUGCAGGCAAACUGGACUGUUUUCUCUAAACAGUUUCACACUUCUGAGAAGCAGUGGCAGACACUUUGGCCUGAGGCACUUCAACUUUCUUGACUUCACUCAGUCUCUGUGACGUCCGUUUGGUGCCGUAAACCAGCUUCCUGAACAUGUAUGCAAUACCUUUAUCUGUCAACCUUUUUGGCCCUACUGAGCCUCAACUCAGCUGAUCAUAAUAUAUAAAAGUAAUGAUGAUGAUGGUAAUUAUAACAAUAACAAUAAUAAUAAUGAUAAUAAUAAUUGCUUAAUUACUUCACAGACGCAGACAAAGAGAAGGGUAACAGAGUAAAAUCUGAAUCUCCUGAUUUGGUAACUGAUGUGGUAACCCUCAUCAUUUGUAAAUAUAACAAUGGGUGGUAGUAUAUGAAACUUUUAUAGUAAACUGAUUUUAAUUAAUAAUGUUUUUGUUGAUUGUCUUUUCUUUCUGCUAUGAUGUUUGUGGAUUAUUACACUUGUCAAUAUAAUUUGCUCAUCAAUUUAUUAAGAUAAAUCUGAUUUUUUCUUAGUAAUAUUAAUCCAUUAUUUGGAGCAAACACCAAGUGUAUAAAACAUCAAGAGCACAUGCUCUUUCUAUGAAAUCGGCUGGCCGGGUGAAUACAGGUGAAAGCUGUUGUCCCUUUUGAACAUUAUUUAUUAAAUCCCCUUUAGUCAUGAAGGGGAGGCAGCUCCACAGACACACAAGAAGUGUGUUUCGGUUCUGAGAUAACUGAGACAUAGAUUGCUCAUGAUUGAGUGCAAUUCAGUAUCAGUUGUUGCCAAUAUGAUUGUGCACUCGUUGCAUCUGACAUGUAUCUGAUAUGACAUCACUGGUAACAGCUGAUAAGUCUGAAACUAAAACAAUGAGAGACCAAAACUCAAGGUCUGCAAUUACUGUAGCAGUACGGUUUUAUUCAUGAUGAAGGGUAAAGCUGAUCGUAGUGUGUGAUUUGGACUCUGGGCUCAUCACUUGGCUUCAUCUGUGCCAGAAGCGAUCAUUACAGGCUUAAUCAUGGUGGUGAUGUUCACAGGAAAUGGUCUAAGCACCAGGCAUGGCACUACUUCAUGUAACAGGAAGUAAAAUAGCGAAAGAGUACAAGUUGCCACUGAAAUACCAUUGACCAAUAAACAACACCUCCAGCUGUUGUUUCUGUGAAAGACAUGGUUGAUGUUGGACAGCCAACACCAGCCUGCAAGCACGUGAAAUAAAAAAGUCAUACUUUA